GAAGUUUUCAGGAUAGACUCAGGGGUAUGCAUCGCGGACUCAAGGCGCAGGAAUCCUAGGCCCCUCCAGUGGUGGAAUCAGGAGGAUUGAGACAGUUUCUUCCUCGGUGUGUGCUUUCAGUCUGUUCACUUGGCCUGUCUUAACCACUGACCUCUGUUCAUGCCUCUGUGUGUUUCUCUUUCUAAUGGCGCCGCCUCUAUGUCUCUCUCCACCCAUCUUUGUCUCUCUCUGCUCUCUCUUUCCUCUCUGUCUCCGCCUUCACCUUCUCAGCCUGGAGCUCCCUCUGUUUUUCAGGGCCUGGACCAGGGUGAGGUGAGCCAGACGCCCAGCACACAGCAUUUAAGGAGGCAGUCGGUCUUGGGUGCCGACCCUGUCCCUGCGUGAGCUCUGGAGUGAGUGUCUCCUUAGGUGCGUGUCCUGGGCACCUCACUGGCGGCACCCUGGCCCAGGCCCUGCUUUUCUCUCUGUCUGCCAUUCCUUCUUUUUGUCUCUCUGACUCCCCUCCGUAGCUGAGGGUUUGUUUCCUUCCUGCCACACCGUCUUUGGUUUCUUCUGCCCAUCUGCAAGCAUCGCAGCCUGAUUGCUCUGCUUCUCUGGACACGUGGCUGAAGCCGCUGGUCCCUCAGUCCAGCGGUCCAAGUUCAGUGAAUACAGCCCCUCUUGGUCAGCCGUUCGCACCUGCUCCAGUCAGCUGUGGCCGGGGGCUCACAAGCAGGGCCUUGGGAACGGGCCAUCUGAGGAGGGACUGCUCGACUGGAGGCCCCCCUUGGCCGUGAGCCCCCUAGCCUGUCCCUCCAAUGUGAAGUGUGGCACAGGGCUCCCCCUCACUCCUCACCCCAGUGCACGGCCAGCUUUGCCCCAGGGCUUCCUGGGAACUGGGGGAAAACAGAGCCAGAGCUAUGUUUGAGAGCAGGCCUUCAUCUCAUGGGUCUUUAAAUGUAUUGGGCGUCAAGCAGCCUCCUCCUCAAACAUUCUUGUUCUUCCAACUGCGUCUGCAGCAACAAAUCAUCAUGCCCCAUUUUGGGGUUCCGGUUUUAGACGUCCCUGCUGUGUGUGGCGACAACACUCUGCUGUCUCACCCCCUCACGGACAAAUGUUUUAGAGACUCAGGAACGUCAAGGAGCGGGGGCAGCGGCCUUGGGACUGUGCUAGAUGAAGAAGAGGAGCGAAGGAAAAGGCGCCGGGAGAAGAACAAAGUGGCGGCAGCCCGAUGCCGGAACAAGAAGAAGGAGCGGACGGAGUUCCUGCAGCGGGAAUCUGAGCGGCUGGAACUCAUGAAUGCGGAGCUGAAGACCCAGAUCGAGGAGCUGAAGCAGGAGCGACAGCAGCUCAUUCUGAUGCUGAACCGGCAUCGCCCCACCUGCAUCGUCCGGACGGACAGCGUCAAGACCCCCGAAUCAGAAGGGAACCCGCUGUUGGAGCAGCUAGAGAAGAAGUGACCAUGGGCUGGGAGAAGGAAGAGGAGGAAGAGGAGGAGGAGGAGGAGGAGGAUUUGGGAAGAGGGGGGAGGACGAGGGGUCCCAGAGGGCCCUUCCUUGCUGCAUGACAAACUUUACAAUGAGGCUCAGCACAGCCAGCGCUGGCCGGGCUUUUUUGUGAAACUCACAUCAGCCACACAAGGGGAAGAACGGGCUGACGAAACCUAGAAGGACCAAGCGCUGAGACCAAAGUAGACCCACGGUGGGGCUGUCCUGCCUGGGGCCCAGCUGGAAGGAGGCAGGACAGAGGCCCCCGGCCAGAGAGACACCCAACCAAAUGGCCUCUCCACCAGGGCACCCACCGAGGGACCUCGGAGCAGCCAGGAAAAGCCAUGAGUUGCAAACAAACAUGCGGCUGGGGAUGGAACUGAGUGGGACCACAGCCUGCCUGCCCCCAGCCCUGCCCCCCCUGACCCUGAUGCCAGGCUGGAGCGGGUGCCACGUGGGGCCCAGCCGUACCUGCCCCCGUGGGUCCAGCGCGGCCUUGCCCGGGAGCGGCAGCCGGGGCGCGCCCUCAACGGCCCCGCUGGAGUCUGCUGUGGGCACGAGGCGCGGGCGCCCUUCCAAAGCACAUACUCACUGAAUGUUUACAGACUGGCUGUCCUGGCAGGGCUUUUCAACUGCACAUGUUUUUUUAUACUUUCUUUUUUUUUUUUUUUUUUUUAAUAUUUUUUACAAAAAAAAAAGAUUUUAUACAAGCAAUAUAUAUAUGGAUUU